AAUUCUUCUUUCUCAAUUUCAAUAGCCAUUUAUUAGCUUAGCUCAAAUUUACAAUUUUUUUCCCAUUAACAUUAAUUAAUUUGAAUUCGAGUCUGAAAAAAUUUGCUAUCAAUUUUUUGUUGAAUUUGAGAUCGAAGAGGAACAGUCGAAUCUACUGCACGAUGUCACAGCUCUGAAAAACGCGUUGAUAAUCUUUGAACUUUCAACUUUAUCAGACUUUUCGUCUCACUUCACCUAAACCUAAGUCUCAGAUCUGAAUCAGAUUCAAUUUUCUCUCUCUCAAGAGUUGUGGAUGUAGACAAAAAUCGCCAGAAAUAGAGAUAAGAUAAGGUUCGCCAUUCAAGGUAGUAUAUAUAGAGGGUUUCAACUGGGGUUGGCUUUACCUUGUCAAUUUCUGGAGUUAUAAGCAAGUAGAGGAAGUUGUCAAUUGUCAAUUCCUUAAAGCUGGGAACUUGGAAAAGAGAAGCAAUUAUUGUCUCUUAAGAGCUGUUUUUACCUCUCUUUAGAGACCUAUUAUUGUUGAGGUGCUGAAAGUGAUUCAAACGGUGUCCAUCUUAUUUAGAAGUCUAAGUAUCAAAAAUGGUAAUGGAUUUCAAAGAAUUCUUCACUGAAUAUGGUGAGGCCCAUCAAUAUGAAAUCCAAGAGGUCGUUGGCAAGGGAAGCUAUGGUGUUGUUGCAGCAGCAAUUGAUACUCAUACUGGAGAGAAGGUAGCAAUAAAGAAGAUCAAUGAUGUUUUUGAGCACAGCUGUGAAGCCACCCGCAUCCUUAGAGAAAUAAAGCUCCUUCGGUUGCUUCGGCACCCAGAUAUUGUUGAAAUAAAGCAUAUAUUGUUGCCUCCAUGUCCGAGGGAAUUCAAGGAUAUUUAUGUUGUUUUCGAGUUGAUGGAAUGUGACCUUCAGCAUGUAAUUAAAGCAAAUGACAGUCUCACUGCUGAACAUUAUCAAUUCUUUAUGUAUCAGCUUCUUCGAGGUUUAAAAUAUAUGCAUACAGCAAACGUGUUCCAUCGGGAUUUGAAGCCAAAAAACAUUCUAGCAAAUGCAGAUUGCAAGCUGAAAAUUUGUGAUUUUGGGCUUGCUCGGGUAUCACUUGGCGAUAACCCAUCUGCUGUUUUCUGGACUGACUACGUGGCAACUCGCUGGUACCGUGCUCCAGAACUCUGUGGUUCCUUUUUUUCCAAAUAUACCCCAGCAGUUGAUAUCUGGAGUCUAGGAUGUAUAUUUGCAGAAAUGCUUACAGGAAAACCAUUAUUUCCGGGGAAAAAUGCGGUUCACCAAUUGGAUCUCAUAACUGAUUUGCUUGGUACACCGUCCACUGAAGCCAUUUCAAGGAUUAAAAAUGAAAAAGCAAGGAGAUAUUUAAGCAGCAUGAAGAAGAAAGCACCUAUCCCUCUCUCACAGCAAUUCCCACACGUUGAUCCACUAGCUCUAAGAUUACUUGAGCGUUUGAUUGCAUUCGAUCCCAAAGAUCGCCCUUCUGCUGAAGAGGCGCUAGCACAUCCAUAUUUCCGUGGUUUGGCCAACAAGGAACAGGAACCAUCAUCUCAGACUAUCUCAAAAUUCGAAUUCGACUUUGAACGAAGAAAACUUGGGAAAGAGGAUAUUAGGGACCUCAUCUACCGAGAGAUUCUGGAAUAUCACCCUCAGAUGCUGCAGGAGCAUCUUCAUGGCACUGAUCACACUCACUUUAUGUAUCCAAGUGGGGUUGAUUGCUUCAAACAACAAUUUGACCAUCUCGAGGGGCACAGUGGUAGAGGUGGAAGUACUCUCUUUCCAAGACGAUAUGCCUCUUUGCCCAGAGAACGAGUUUGUGCUUCCACAGAUGAGGAAGCUGAUAAGGAUGGUGAAUUUGAAAGGCAUGUUGUGGCUUCUAUGGCUCAGAGAUGCCUUCCAAGCCCCCCGAGUUCCCCUAAGGUCAAGAAACCGGAUAUUGCUAAUACAGUUGAAGGUCCUACAGAGGCUGGCCAUAGUACACCAGCGAAUACCGAACGCUGCAUGCUAAGAAGUUCUAGUAUUAGUUUUUCCAAAUGUGUUGGGGCCAUAUGGGACUGCGAGGAUACAACCUGCAAGCCAUAUCAAAACGGGAUUAAUAAAUCAUCGAAGACAGCUUUAUAUGCUUGAACAUUUUUAUUCUGGAUGGAUAAGGAAUUGCUAAAUUUCUGGUAAGUGACAUACUGAUUGCAAUGUAAUUGCUCAUGUACUCGAAAUGGAGUCUUGGUUGGUUGUAUUGUAAACUAUUUAACAGUUUCACUUUGACAUCAUUACUUACAUUAUUUGUUCGAC